AAAGGCACUUACUCAGUAGGAUGUGAAGAGAGUGGAGAGAGCCGAGUGAAGAAUUUCCUUUCCUUGAACUCUCUUUUUCGGUCCCCUUAGUUUGCACUGAGCCUGGUUUGCUGAUUGGGGGUUCCUCCUGAGCUCGACAACAAUGGCGGCAACGCUGAGGCCUGCGCUUCCUCUGCUCCUGUUCGCGCUCCUCUGCUUCCACAUUGCAGACGAGGCGUUGGCAACAACCGUAACUUUCGUCAACCGCUGCGCGCACCCCGUUUGGCCGGCCAUUCAGCCUGGCGCCGGCAAGCCCCUCCUCGCCCGUGGUGGCUUCACCCUCCUGCCAAACAAGGCCUCCACGGUCCGGAUGCCGGCCCUCUGGUCCGGCCGCUUCUGGGGCCGCCAUGGCUGCACCUUUGAUGCCAACGGACACGGCCGGUGCGCCACUGGAGACUGCGGCGGCUCCCUCCACUGCAACGGCCUUGGCGGCACCCCUCCUGCCACCCUCGCUGAGAUCACCCUAGGCAACGACCAGGACUUCUACGAUGUCAGCCUCGUCGAUGGCUACAAUCUCGCCAUCUCCAUCACGCCAUUCAAGGGCACUGGGAAAUGCAGCUAUGCAGGUUGCGUGAGCGACCUGAACACGAUGUGCCCAGUGGGACUCCAGGUCCGGGGUCACGACAACAGUGUCGUGGCCUGCAAGAGCGCCUGCUUCGCGUUCAACUCUCCGAGGUACUGCUGCACGGGGAGCUUUGGGAACCCACAGUCCUGCAAGCCGACGGCCUACUCGAAGAUCUUCAAGACGGCCUGCCCCAAGGCCUACUCCUACGCGUACGACGACCCCACGAGCAUCGCGACCUGCACGAGGGGGAACUACAUCGUCACCUUCUGCCCUCACCACCGCCGCUAGAGAGAGGAACGGGCGCCCCGGCUCGCAUAUUGUGUUUCGACUUCCGGUCCGACCGUGGUUGGUUGUUACCUAAGUAUGGCGAUUAUAUUGUAGUCGGUUAAUGUGAUGGUGAUCGGUAGUAAGCGGGCAAGUCCAGGAGGACUCUCAGUGGGGGAAGUUGGUGUGGCUGUUGCUGGAAAUUGGAGUUAUGUUGCUUUAGUAGGUAGAGAUGAUGUGCUUUUUAUUGGACUUGGGCACUGCACUAUAUUAGUAUAUCACAGAGAACAUUAGUGAAGGUUGUGUUGAGAAAGUGAGUAGUCGCUUUUGGACUGUGGUCACUUGCUUGGAGGGAGUUGGUCACCAAACUCCCAUUUAUUAUUCUCGCUUUGAUUGCUGGA